AUGGCGGCGCAGAACGGCAAUGGUACAGCGGUCAAGAAGAUCCCAGUGACUAUGGUUACUGGUUUCUUGGGUGCAGGAAAGACCACUCUCAUCAACUAUAUUUUGAAGGAGAACCAUGGCAUGAAGAUUGCCAUCAUUGAGAACGAGUUUGGUGAGGUUGGAAUCGAUGACGCUCUGGUCGUUGACACGGAAGAAGAAAUCUUCGAGAUGAACAAUGGAUGCAUCUGCUGCACCGUCCGGGGCGAUCUCAUCCGCAUCCUAACCAAGCUGGCUGCGCGGCGCAACCAGUUCGACGCAAUCAUUAUCGAGACCACUGGGCUUGCAGAUCCGGCCCCCGUCGCUCAGACGUCCUUCGUGGGUGACGACAUCAAGGACCUGUUUACGAUCGACUCCAUCCUCACGGUCGUGGACGCCAAGCACAUCGAGCAGCACCUCAAGGAGAAGAAGCCCGAUGGCGUCGAGAACGGGUAA